AUGUCUUCUCAAGGAAAUUUCCCCUAUCAAGGAAGAACGGCAAAUAGGGAUCAGACUUAUUACCCAGUGAGCAGUGAUAUACUUGCAUUUCCCCCUCCUCGAAGCGCGAGUGUUCUGAACCGAGAAUAUGAACCACAGGCAUACCGGCCAACAGCAGAGGCUCCUGGGUUGUAUCACUCUAGAACACUGAUCAAUACCUCGUCUUACGAUCGAUAUUCCAAUGUUUCAACUGCACCAAAUCUAGGACCUAUUGGUCAACAACCGCGUCCCCCUCCUGGUAUUGGGGAAUGGGACUCCCCACCCGUGCAUUCUUGCCAUGAUUCUCUGAUGCGAGAUCCAGAUUCACCCACGUCAAUGGAGACAUUUGAUUUCUUUCCUGAACAUACCAAGAGACGCGCACCAGAACAUGCGAAAAGCGGUGCCAAAUACCACCCACAGAGACGGCCAUCCAACCGCGAUGAGUUCGAUGGGCCUACUCAGUUUCUAGAUAUGCCUUCUCCAAGGACUAUUGCCGAACAGGAGAAAGAUUUGCCUCUCUUGCCUACUAGCCUGGAUGCCCAAGAGCAGGAUAAAAUCCUUUAUGAAGUCAAUGAUCAUUUGUCCAGGUGUGCUUUCAAUUUUGUUGCAAAAUAUCAGUUCCCCAUUCCUGUGGAACCAGACAAGAGACAGGUGAGAAUACCAGCCGACCGGGAGUGGACAGAAUGGGUGUAUCUCUUGAAACGAUUAGCUACCAAGCGCCGAAUUCCUGCCAGAGUUCUUUAUAAUGGCCAAAUCAAGCAUUUUGUGACAGUCCUGGAAAACUCCUUGGAAAUGCGCCACGCGGCUAAGCAUCAAUCACGACCAGUGAAAGAUGAUAGGAACAUUCUCCAGCUGAUAUCUGCGGGAACUCAGGUUGCAAAAAUUCUCAAGGAUGCCUCCGCCAUGGAAUUUUUAGACCAACUAUAUUCACGAACUGAAAUUCUAAUUCAUGAACGACGAAGUCAUCUCGGAGGAGCGUUAGCCAAGCCAUGA